GUAGCCACAGGACAGCUGUUUGUACAGAACUAGAGGGAAAUACUGAGGUAUAUCUGGGUAUUCUUAGACAAUGUGUCCCCUUUGGCAUUGUCUGAUAAAUACGUGGUGGUGAAUAGGCUACUUAAUGCUCUGAAUCGUGGGUUCCGAAACGAUUAUCUCCCCCUGAAGUCAUCAUGCAUCGGCUACUCAGGUCUGCUCCACGGUGGAGGGUCAGUGUGAGGUCCCCGGUCCCUCAAGUAGACGCCGCCGCUCUCACUUCAUUGGCGUGGUGUCUUUUGUCGCGGAUUUCUUUUCCUAUUUGCGCCCGUUUUAUUGGGUAUCUUUAGAUCAUUCAACAUGGGCAAAAAGGAGGAAGAGGACAUCAUCAGAAUAGCGAAGAAGAUGGAUAAAAUGGCGCAGAAGAAAAACGGGGCCGGGGCUUUGGACUUAUUGAAGGAGCUGCGAAGUAUCCCCAUGACUCUGGAGCUGCUUCAGUCUACCAGAAUCGGGAUGUCCGUUAACGCCAUCCGCAAGCAGAGCACAGACGACGAGGUCACAUCCCUAGCCAAGGCCUUGAUCAAAUCAUGGAAGAAGCUUUUGGACGAGCCCGGCAGUGGAGACAAACCUUCAGAUGAAAAGAGAAAAGAGCAAACGACGCCUGUUUCUCCCUCGCAGGGAAGCCCAGAAGCAAAAGAAGAAAGCAGCUCGAGCAGUAACUCCAGCAGCAAGAGUGAGCCUGCUGACGUUUCAACCAACUCAUUGAUCAACACCUUUCCUCGUGCCCCCACCACCUCCGACUCUAUCAGGGUCAAGUGCCGAGAGCUGCUAGCCCAAGCUCUACAAGCAGGAGAUGAUCAUAUUGCUAUUGGUGCUGAUUGUGAUGAACUUGGAGCACAGAUUGAGGAAGUUGUCUUUCAAGAGUUUAAGAACACAGACCCGAAAUACAAGAAUCGCAUACGGAGCAGAAUCUCGAAUUUGAAGGAUAUGAAGAACCCUAAUCUAAGGAGGACAGUGCUAUGUGGGAGUGUAACCCCCGAGCGGAUGGCUAAGAUGAGCGCAGAGGAGAUGGCCAGUGAUGAGCUGAGAGAAAUGAGAAAGAAUUUGACCAAAGAGGCUGUGAGGGAACACCAGCUGUCCACCACUGGAGGAACUCAGACGGAUCUAUUCACCUGUGGAAAGUGCAAGGGGAAGUGCUGCACCUACACACAGGUUCAAACGCGCAGCGCUGAUGAGCCAAUGACCACAUUUGUCUUCUGCAAUGAUUGCGGUAAUCGAUGGAAGUUCUGCUGAAUGUGCACUGCACUCCGACAAGUAGCAAAAUUCCUGGACCAGGUGGUCUCUCUGCAACAGAUUGGAGCUUUGUAUUUUGUGGUACACAACACGCCAUACAAAGAUGCCACAGGUUACCGUUUGAAUAAAUAUCCUGUUCAUAGAUUUGAGCUCAUUGUCAGAUCCCCGAUGCCCUCCCCCCAAAAUCUUUUACUAUUGUUAUUAGUUGUUUUUUGUCAAAUGUCACAUAUAUGCGGUCAAUCUUGUCUCAUUCUCUUUUAUCUGCAUUUUUUUAUAUGUAGUUUUAACACUUUUGACAAUGUUGUUUUGCUUUUCCCUUACAACAUUGCAUUGUUUUAUUUAAUUCCCCAAUAAAAAUGUAAUCCAUUUGAUUAAAAAUAAGUGAUUUUCAUUAGGCUUCAGUCUCCUCUGGUUAUGCGAGUCUUGAACAUUAUACUAAUGCAAUUACAGAUCUGAAAGGAGUGUGUGUGCACGCGCGUGUGUGUGCACGCGCGUGUGUGUGUAUGUGUGUGUGUGCAUGUGUGUGUGUGUGUGUGUGUGUGUGUGUGUGUGUGUGUGUGUGUGUGUUAUUGGUGGAAUAUUCAUCACAUCAAAGUGAAUGCUGAUGUGUGCAUAUUAAUCUGUCUAGGGACAGGCUAAUGUUAUUGGCAGAACCAUGGAUGACACACAAUUGUUCCCUUUCCUCUAGGUAUAUUUUUUUUAAUGGCCAGGUGCAACCACUCCAUGUUGACAAGCAGCUAUGCUGCCUUACCCUCACACAAACUGAACCCAGAUCAGUCGUACAAGAUUAAGGCUGUUUAAUCUUUUAACUUGAGGAACUAACUAAUUUAAAACAUUAAGAUGUGUACAACAUUUUUCUUUUUCUAAUUCAUGGUUAUAAGCAAUUUUCAUAAGGACCCCAAACUGAACAUUAGAGUUCAAUGGUCACAACCCCAAAAAGUUGGGAACCACUACUGUAAUGAACAGACACGUGUUUGCCUUCUUUCUUAGUAUUUACGUUGAUUGCUGAUUGAUUGAGCGAUCCUUUACCGCUACAUAUCAUUAGAUAAGUGUCGUUUGGCUAACAUGUCAUGUAAUAACUAUAUUAUUACAUACACAUGAAGCUCAAGCGUGCAACAUGCCGUAUGUGUUUCACUGUAGUUCUUGUGUAUCGUUUAAUCGUGACACAAAGCUUCUUACUAAAUUGCAACUAUUUCAAUGGAUAUUUAAAUACAUUAACCCAUCUCAGCUCAUGAACAAUAUGAAUUAUAGUGAUUUUCUUUAUCUAGAUUUACCUGAUCUGCUUGUUUGAUGGAGAAAGCCCCAAAUAUUUUAGGGCAAACAUCGUUUACUGAACAACACACACAUGCACAAUGAUGGAGUAAUUUUGCUAAUGUUACCUGCAAAUCAAUAUAUGUAUCUGCUGAUAUAUUCAAAUCCUUUAAUACUUGCCACGAGAUUACGUGAUCCAAGGCUCUCAACAGUAUUUGGAUUUGUUGUGAUAGUACUUGAUGGUUGUGUCGUGUGGUUUUGUGAUCAAAUCAUGCUAGAGUCGCUAAAAUUAUUGUGCUUUAUUUUAUCUUAAUCAAAAUGCCCACAAGUCAUUAUUUUCUUGGAGAGUAGCAGAAAAAAAAAAAACGAAACCAAAUACUGUAAACAUUCACAUUAUUUGUUUUUUUUUUCUUAAAUG